AGCGACUGUACAGCGAGAAAAGCCAGCUAUUCAAUUCGGAAUACAGAGAAGUAGAUUCUAGUCUAAUACACACACUCUGUACACUGUAGUAUUCCAGAAUUACACACACCACUCCUUCAAGUGUGUGUUUUAGUUUCUGUGAGAGAGGUGAAAAACUUGAAAGAGAAAGCGGUGGAGGGGUCCAUUUCUCACGAGUGCAGGACGCUAGCAAUUCAUGGUUUAAUUGAGGUCUGAUAGUCCCUUAUACUGACCAACCAGCAAUGGGGAAAUCUCCUGGAAAAUGGAUCAAGACCGUACUUUUCGGGAAGAAAUCAUCCAAGUCCAAUCUUUCAAAAGGUGCUAAAGUUGAGAAGAAGGCCAGUACUGAAGCAGUAACUGAGGAGUUUGUCGUCAGCCCUCCUGUGAUCGCAGAAACAUAUCAGAGCGUUGAUAGAGUGGGUAGUGAAGGGGAAUCUGAAAAAGGUGUACCAUGUGAAGUAGAAACUGCGGACCUGAAUGUUGAUUCGCUAGAUGUCACCAGUUUAAAUCUGACUGAUAAUGCAGAAAGGGAGAAACUUGAGCUGUCAAUCACAAAAGCACAAGCUGCUUUUAGAGGCUACUUGGUAACAUUUGAUUGCUUCUCUUGCUACUAUAUUGUAGUGGUUUUUAUAUAUUUUAGGUCCAUUGGGUCUUACCUCUGGUUGACAUUGAGUUGCAUUUCCAUUGCCCUCCCUGCGCUGGACAAUAAUUUUCCGGCUAGCUUCCUUAGAUUCAUAGAUUAUGCAACAGAUGCAUAGAUUAUGCAAAUAGAGAUCACUGCAAUUUCUGCGCAUUGGUUAUCCUGGAACUAAAAUAUAAACUAACCUGGGCUUUGGAAAGUAAACCGUUCAUUUAACAUUAUGACUACAAUCACGACAUGGUCUAGCUCAGAAAGUACUUACAAGUAUUUCUUAUAAUCAUGUGGUACUUGUUUUCUGGGUUGUUACAGUAGCUUGACAUCGCAAGUUUUAUUUUCAAACAUUAUUUUCUUUUCCAGAAAUUGUAUAUCUAAUGCACUUCUUUAUCUUGCAUCUGUUGCUGAAGGCUCGUCGGGCUUUCCGGGCUCUUAAGGGAAUUAUAAGACUGCAAGCUCUUAUCCGGGGGCACUUGGUGAGACGACAAGCAGUAGCUACUUUGCGUUGUAUGCAAUCAAUUGUGAAGCUUCAGGCACUGGCUCGUGGGCGAAAGGCUUCAACGAGUGUGAACAUCCUUCACGUUAGUGCUUCGAGUUCAGAAAAGCUUGCAGCCAAUGCCUUUACUAAAAAGCUUCUGGCUUCAUUGCCAAAUGCCAUGCCUCUUAGCCUUCAGUAUGACGUGGAUGAACCUAAUGCGGCUUGGAAUUGGCUCGAAAGGUGGUCACUUCUUCGCUUUUGGGAACCUCUGGUGAAGCCCAAAAAGAUUUCUGAUGCCAAGGCCCAAGUUAAGCAAGCCAACAGACACAGCAUCGAGGGAGAGCCGGGAAAAUCAAGGAGAACUUUCAGAAAGGUUAAUGCUGUAUCUAAUGGUGACCAUAAUAAUGCAAGUUCCUUGGAAGCUGAAAAACCAAGACGUAAUACACGAAAACCUGUCAAUCAUCAGGUUGAAGUCCAACCAGAACAGCCACAGAAUGAAUUAGAGAGGGUGAAGCGUAACUUGAGAAAAGUUUCUGCAUCAACCCCUGUUCCUGAAAAAGGAGAAGCAGAACUUGAGAAGCCUCAGCAAAAUGCUAGAAAAUCCCCAAGUGCUACAAAUUCUGAUGCAUCUGAAUCAGUGAUUGCUAAACCUCCUGAAAAGCCGAUUGAUGUGCCUGUUACAGUUGACAAAGUGGAUGACACAGAAACAUCGCAAGAGCCGUUGACAGUGGAUGAACCCCUUCAUGUUGCUUCUCCUGCUGUUGAGAUACAGCCCCCUGAAAAUGAUGUGAAAGUUGAGAUCAGUGCACCAGCUGAUGAGGAGAUAAGCUUGAAGGAAGAUCAAAGUGGUAAGGAAAACCCAAAAACCCGUAGGAGGAAGUCAUUACCCACAAAGCAGGAAUAUCCUGAAAAUGUGUCGGAGAACACAGCAAGCUUGCCUAGUUAUAUGGCAGCAACUGCGUCUGCUAAAGCUAAACUUAGAGCACAAGGAUCUCCUAAGUUAAGCGAAGAUGGGGUAGAAAAUGGUUUUGUGCGGCGUCAUUCUCUUCCAUCUUCAACCAACGGUAAGCUGAGCUCUCAGUCACCUAGGAUGCAAAAGCCAGCACAAGCUAAUGGGAAAGGAGGAAGCAAAAGUAACAAAACAGUGUCAGCCUCUAGAGAUGGUAAGAGCAUCAAGUUUUAUAUAACUGAAGUAGAAAUAUCAUGUUGAAAUGCAAAUUCCCCUUCAAAAUUUUUGCCUGAAUCAUGGGAAUUAUUCAAAAAAUCUUCUUUCAGAAAAGUAGAUGAUUGCUUCAAAAGUUUGAAAUGAUGCUUUGCAUUGUAAGAUUCUUGCGCGUGUCGCAACUUUCUUGUUCCCUUUUGGGUUUAUGUUUCAACUUGAGACACCACAAUUCUAUCAUUCCUUUUGGUGCAUUAUUUUUUGCCAUGAAGUUUAGUGCUUCUUUCACUUGCCUGGAUGUAUACAUAUUACUUAUUGCACAUGUCCCUUUCUAUGCACUUCUAUUUUAUGUAAUCCAUUUUUCGCUUGCAAUUCAGAGAGAGCGCUUCAACCGGGGUGGCGGCGAUGAGAUUUCCAUUUUCCAUAAUUGGGAAUUGGCGGUCGCACAUUCCAUAUCAGGGAAUUGUGAAGGAGUGGUGGUCCGAUGUGUGGCACAUUAGGCAAACUGCGACAGCCUUCAAACAGGAAGAAAGACUCACCAAAGAACAGUCAUUCGACAAAAUGCAUAUGUUCACAUGUUUUGGUCUAGAGUGCUGGUGUUACGAAGGAAUGUAUAGUUGUAAACCCAAAAAAUCUCUGGUCUAGAGUGGUGGUCGGUUGUGUUCUUUUUUCUUUUCUUUUUUUUGGUUCACAUGAUUUUGUUGUGUGAUUUCAACAUUCUUUUGGUUGGUGUUGUCUUUGUAAGAGUUAUUAUGUAUGUUGAAAUGUUUAACUUGUCACAGUUGUCCCAUUAGUCAAUUAUAUAUGAUUUGCAGCACUACUGAAUCUGUGGAUGAAUGUCCGAACUUUUAAGCUGGAGGAGUUGACUUUACUUUUAACUGCUGAUAGUUACAGAGGAUCUCAACACCAACUUGUUA